UUAAAAGCACCAAUUUCUAAUUUUAAGCAAGCGACGCAUUAUUCAAACAUAAAUAUUCAUUCAGUCUAUGAUAUACAACAAUUUAUUCCUGUUUUAGUCUGUGUAGUGUAAACACUUAAAAAUUUGUUUGCCAAUAUUUUAAAUCUAUCGGAGCUUUAGUUCCAGGCAACAAGUGCGAACACACAAAUCACAGAAUUGGAAGCGUGUAAUAAAUUCUUCCGUUUCUUCUUUUGAACCGUUUAACCUUUUUCCGUAAGCCCUCGCAAUGUGUUGUUAUCCAGGUGGCUGCUGCGGUUCGCCCGCCUCUAUUCAGUGCACAAAUUUCUGUUUUAAUUGUUGGACAGGAUGUGCAGCGAGCCCAUGUUGCCGCACAAGCUGUUCCCCUUGCUGUCCGCCAUAUCGCGGAUGUUGCGGCGGACCUCGUUGUGGAUCAUGCUAAACUAACAAAAAGUGACUGGCUUAGAAAGAAACUAAGGAAAAUAAAAAACUAA